AUGGUUGUGGUUUUACCCCUCUUUACCCUAAAAAAGGGGCUGGAGAAGGGGGGCAGCUGCCUGGGGGUAGGAACCCUGCAGGUGGCCUCCCAGUGCCGACUGCUUCAGUCAUCCUCGGGGCGCCCAUCCUCCCCCCAACUCCCCCAGCUCCCCGACGAGCCGAUAUCGCUGCAAGAUGCCCCGGGGGGGCUUUUCCAGCUGCCCCCCGGGGAUCCUUUCCCUGAACGGGUGACGGUAGCCUGGCUAUCGGUCGUGGCCCUCGCCUUCGCCUUGGUUUGUGACCCCCAAGAGAAUCUAUCGCUGGCUGAAAUCACCCUGCGCCGCCUGGCCCCCCGCCUGCUCACCUCCCUGCGCCUCCUCGGCCCUGGCGCCGAUGUCCUGCUCCGACCCGAUGCCGCCGACGUCCUCCUGGAUCGUCUCCUGCCCCACGGGCAGAUGCUUUUCCUCAACGAACAUUUCCUCCAGGCAGUCGACCGGGAGAUGGGCAUCAAAGCAUCCCGCUGA